UCAUAGUUGAGAAAGGAAAUCCAUCUCUGCCAUAUUUCUGAUCUUGGACCAAAUGUUACCUGUACACAGAGCAAAAUGUAGCCCUCAGUUGCAAAUUCAACAUUCCAUUUCUGAAUGGAGACUUCAUCCAUCGUAUACUGCAAAAAUGGCGGCAGCAUCUGGACAACUUGAGGUAUAAAAAAACAGGGGCGGUAUGGGCCAUAAUGUGGGAACGUAUUAGUAUAUUAUGCACGUUGGAAACAGGAAAGAAUAUAUAAAAAGCUGGCGCAGAUCUCUUGGUGGCAAAUGAGAGAACUUCGGCACAGAAUGCGAGAUGCUGUUGGCUUUAACUACGAAGUCAACAGAUCACAUCUGGUAGAACUGGAUCUGGAGAAACACAGUACAAAGUCAUCUGCUAGCUCAAAAGCUAGAGUGCAUUGGGUCAUCAUCGAUCUCCAUCCAGCCCAAGAAAGAAAAAAAUGGAUAGCAGCAGCCACCUUCCCCUGCUCUUCUCAUUCCUACUCGUCACCAUCUCCAUCAUCUUUCUACUCCUCAAACUAUGGAUGGCAGUCCCAAAGCAGCAUGAGGGGGUGGCGCUUCUUCCCCCAGGGCCUAGAAAGCUUCCAAUCAUCGGAAACCUGCACCAACUAUCCGGCUCCAAGCUUCCUCACCACCGGCUGCUGGAGUUAGCCAAUGCACACGGUCCUCUGAUGCACCUCCAGCUCGGUGAACUCCAAACCAUCAUCGUUUCCUCAGCAGAGAUGGCUAAACAAGUUUUCAAGACCCACGACCUCACCUUUUCCAGCCGACCAUCUCUCCUCCUAGUAGAUAUCAUCUCCCGCAACCGCAACCUCGGGUUCGCACCCUACGGUGAGUAUUGGCGACAGAUCAGGAAGCUGUGCGUGUUGGAGCUGCUCAGUGCCAAGAGAGUCCAUUCUUUCCGCCCCAUCAGGGAACAAGAAGUGUCCUGUUUGGUUGCUGACAUUUGCUGCAAACAAGACUCGGCGUUCAACAUUAGCAGGAUGAUUUUCUCCCUGACGUAUAGGAUCACAUCGAGGGCUGCAUUUGGGAAACUGUAUAAGCAGCAAGACUCAUCAUUCAUACAGAUGACCACGGAAAUGAUCAAGGCUUCGAGUGGAUUUGGUGUUGCUGAUUUGUUCCCAUCUUUCAAAUUCCUUCAGCUGAUCACUGGGAUUAGAUCCAGAUUGCAGAGAUUGAAGCGAGAAUCUGACCAAAUAUUCCAUAUCAUAAUAGAUGAGCAUAUAGCAGCAGCAGCAGCAAAAGCAGAGGAAGGUGAAAAGGAGGAAGUAGAUGAUCUUGUGGAUGUUUUAUUGAAGGUUCAGCAAAAUGGAGACCUUGGAUUCACAUUAACUACUGAAUCUAUAACAGCAGUACUCCUGGUAACUCGCUACCCUGCAUUGCAUUUUAGUUGAUACAGUUUUUUAAGUCACCCCCAAACUGAAGAGCAUUCGUUAUACACUUUCCUCAUAAUCAUCUGAUUUGUGUCAAGAAAUUUUAAUCUUUUCGGAUGAACACGAAGAUGUAUAGAGUUGCAUCAAAAUCACUAAUGAGUAGUAUUCUUGUAAUUUAAGUAUUUUAAAAAUUUCAUAAUUACACCUCUUACAUCCAUCCCAUGACCAUCAAUAUAUUGCCUCUAAAGUUGAUGAGAAUUUAAAAAACUCACUCACUCACU